AUUCCCGGAUCCGGCUGCUCUCUGCACUCAGGCAAGCAGAGCUGGAUGCAGACAGCAGCGGCUGCUUGCCGGGAUCUGAGGGCUGCUGAUUGCAGUGAAAGGGCAGCAGGAAUUAUUGAAAGGAAAGCCUCCACCUCGGAAGUCAGCCUUUUGCUCAGCGCUUGGAGGGGGAAUUGUUCGAGCAGAGCGCAGGGAGGAGGCCUGUGCUUCAGCCCCGCCCCGGGGAUGGCUGGUGGAACUGGGAGCCGCGCCCGGAGAAGGCAAGUCCUGUGUCUCUUUGUCUAUGUGUGCAUGUCCGGGGCGGCGGGGGGAACGAUUCGCUACUCUGUGCCCGAAGAGAAAAAAAGCGGCUCCCUCCUUGCUAACCUUGCCGAAGAUCUUAAAGUAGACGCGGGCGAAUUGUCCGCUCGCAGAGCUCGGCUGGUGGCCAAAAGCCCCAGGCAGUACCUGCAGCUGAACUCUAGCUCCGGGGAGGUGCUCGUAAAGGAGAAAUUAGACCGGGAGGAGCUGUGCAGACAGAUUGAUCCGUGCUUGUUGCAGUUCGAAAUUGUGUUGGAAAACCCGCUGCAGCUGCACAGGAUGGAGGUGCAGGUCCAGGACGUGAAUGACAACUCCCCUACAUUCUCUAAAGGGGAAUUCCUGUUGGAGAUGCCCGAACAGAUCCCCGCAAACACCCGGUUCCCGUUGCAAAGGGCUCAUGAUUUGGACAUUGGCAUAAACGGCAUUCAAAGCUACAGCCUCAGCACUAACGAGCAGUUCGGGCUAGAGGUCCAGACUCACGGGGACGGCAGGAAAUACGCGGAGCUAGUGCUGGAGAAGCCCUUAGACCGGGAGGAGCAGGCGCAAUUCCUGCUGGUGCUCACAGCUGCAGAUGGUGGCCUUCCGCGAAGAACCGGCUCGUCCCAGAUCCUCAUACACGUACUGGACACUAACGAUAACUUCCCACAGUUCAGUCAGUCAGUGUAUAAGGCGCGGAUAAUGGAAAACAGUCCCCGCGGCGCCCUCGUGGCUACGGUGGUGGCCAGGGACUUGGACCUCGGUUCCAACGUCCACAAAACCUACUCCUUCAGGCAGGCGCCCGAGGAAAUCCUGAGAGUCUUCCGCCUAAACGAGCUAACAGGGGAAAUCAGUGUUGCGGGCGCAAUCGACUACGAGGAAUCGAGGGCCUACGAGCUGAACGUGCAGGCGACAGACGGCGGGGGACUGUCCGCGCACUGCAAAAUGCUGGUGGAGGUGGAGGACGCGAAUGACAACGCCCCGGAAGUGACGCAAACAUCGCUCACAAGCCCCAUCCCCGAGGACGCCCGCCCCGGCACGGUGGUGGCCCUGCUCAGCGUAUCGGACCGCGACGUGGGCGACAACGGCAGGGUAGCGUGCGCCAUCCGGGGCUGCGGCCCCUUCGCGCUGCAGCGGACAGUGCAGAGCUACUACGAGCUGCUGACCCAGCAGCUCCUGGACAGGGAAGAGGAGCCCAAGUACAAUGUCACCAUCGCGACCACGGACGGGGGCUCCCCGCGCCUCUCCUCGCUCCAGACGAUCCUCGUGGAAAUCGCGGACGUGAACGACCACGCUCCCGAGUUCGGCCAAGGCAUCUACAGCGUGUCCGUGCGGGAGAACAACAGUCCGGCCCUGCUGAUUGGCAGCGUCACCGCCCUGGACACGGACGCAGGGAAAAACGCCCGAGUGACCUACUCGAUCCUGCGCGGCCCGGGCGCCGCCGCGUCCUCCGUCUCCAUCAACCCCGAGAGCGGCGACAUCUACGUGCUCAGGACGACGGAUUACGAGGAGGAGCGCGAGUUCGAGGUGGGCGUGAGAGCGACGGACGCCGGGUCCCCGGCGCUCAGCUCCGAGGCCGUGGUGCGCGUCGUGGUGCUGGACGAGAACGACAACGCGCCCUUCGUGCUGCACCCGCUGCAGAACAGCACGGCGGCGUGGAGCGAGCUGGUGCCGCGCUCGGCCGAGCCGGGCUACCUGGUGACCAAGGUGGUGGCGGUGGACGCGGACGCGGGGCAGAACGCCUGGCUGUCCUACCAGCUGCUCCGCGCCACGGAGCCGGGGCUCUUCGCCGUGGCGCUGCACAGCGGCGAAGUCAGGACCGGCAGGGCUAUCACUAACCAGAACUCCGUGAAGCAGAAACUUACCAUCCUUGUUACAGACAACUGGGAGCCCCCCAGAUCCACCACCUCUGUGGUGAGUGUUCUUUUGGUGGACGGCUUUUCAGAUGCGUAUAUGCAGCUCGUGGAUGUGACACUUGCAGAGGAGGACCAGGAGGACGCAUUGACCUUAUAUUUACUUAUAUCUUUGUCUUCGGUUUCAUUUCUUUUUCUGGUUUCAGUGGUUAUAAUUAUCGCAGUUAGGGUUUACAGAGUCUUGCAUUCUAAGAGGUGUCUGCCACAGUCACGGAGUACCUAUUUUAACCCGAGUUUCCAUGCUAAUCCGACGGACACCGGCGGUACCGGGACUCUUUCUCAGUCUUAUUGUUAUGAAGUGUGCUUGGCAACUGGGUCCGGGGCCAACGAAUUUAAAUUUCUUAGGCCUCUGUUACCGUCUCCACCAACUGGUUUUAGCACUGGGGAAGUGUCCAGCCCUGGUUCUCAUCAGAUUCUCUGUGACAUUAGGGAGGAGAUAGAAUCUCUGAGACAGGGCACAGCCUCUUUCUCUGAAGACUUGGGUCCCAGAUCGGGAGGCCCAGGUUGUGUUGUUAACAAGCUAAUAGGGUCGAAUGAGGACUCUGGCCAAAAUGGUUUGCUCUCUUACAAAUAGUCGAGGACAACCGACUUUGAUCUGUUCACUUACAGACAGUGAAAACAAGGAGACAUAUCCUCAAAACAUUACCAAGAAGGGACUGAUCAGUCUUCUGAGACCAAGGGCAUGCAUCUAACUUUUAUUCUAUAUAUUCUGAUUUAGGAAAUUUAAAAUACCUUCUGCAUUUCAGAUAUGACUAUUAAAAAAGAGCGGGAGAUAUUACUACUUGCAUGUUUUGUUUAUUCCAACCAGUCCUUAUUUUGUGAUUAUAAGAGUUGUGUUGCUUCAGGCUGUUUACAUAUAAAAGGAAGUAUAGAAGUAAUCAAAAGUAAUUCUGAUAAAUUCAAAAGUAAUUUAUCAGAAAAUACCUUCCUUAUAACUUUUUCCUAAAGAUAUGAGUGCCAAAUAUUGUCUUGAUUUCCUGCAACUUUUCCAGUGCUGAGUCUAGACAGCUUAAUUAUGGGAGGGUUUUUUUUAAAUAACUUCUAAACUAUUUAGAUAUUAUCAGAUAAAACUGCUUAAAUUAGUUGGCUAUAAUAUACAUUACAUAUUUUUGGGGAAGGUGGGAAAAUUCUUAUACUCUGAAAAUGUUUUGUUUUUAAUUGUAUUCUUUUUCUAAUCAUGUGAAACUGAAAGUGGUGGUUACAGGGCUCUUCAAGAUCCUUGGAUGUAAGAGUAUAGAAGUGAAAAGUUCAUUUCCAUUACAUUAGUCGUUUUAUAGUAAAAUAGAUGAAAGUCAUACAAUAAAGUUCAGACCCUGUAAAAUAAAA